AUGAAUACGACAUCUUGUAAUAGCGGUAUUUGCCAAAAUUUGACUAAUGCUACAAUUCCUCCAAAUCAAUCACUUUUUGGCCCAACAUUCAUCGUCUUCCUUCUUGGCACCACGGUUGGCAUCAUCCCUAAUAUAAUCAUUUUUGCCGGUAUCUAUCGAAAAAGAUCGCUACAUAAACCUACAUAUUAUUUUAUAGCUAAUUUAGCGAUCUGCGAUCUUGUUUUAAGCAUAGCAACACUCUUCAAUGCAGCUUUGAAUGUGAUAGCCAUAAGCGCUAGAUUUGAAAUUCAUACACAUAGCAUCUUAUGUAAAUUUUUAACUUCUUUCCCCGUGUACUGGUCCUACACCGCUUCUAUAGAAACACUAAUUUUUAUCUGCUUUGAGCGUUAUAUGGCUGUUUUUAAGCCCAUGAUGAAGUUGACCAACAAAAAAUCAAAGCAUUUAUGCUUUAUUGCAUGGAUAAUUUCUUUAAUAAUUUCAUUUCCAACUAUCAUUACCACAAGAACCAAUAACUUGCGGCCUAGAUAUUGUGUACCAUUUGUAGAAUAUACAGCCUGGACAGGCAUCUUCAAUAUGACGCUAUUCAUUCUGCAAUUUUUUUUGCCAGCUUUAAUAAUGAUUACCGUCUAUUCGUUAAUACUUCAUCGAUUGUAUAAGAAAAAUAUGGCCAAUCAAACUGAAUCUGAUAGAAGUAAAAAGAAAAAGCGUAGAACUAUCUACAUGUUGAUUAUUACUACUAUUAUUUUUUUAGCAUUCUCAGCGCCCUGGUCAUUAACAUUAGCUAUCGUAGCUAUUACUGGUAAACUACCUUAUCAAUUAGCGGAAUAUUCCCAAUAUCCGACAUUGCAAUUUAUAAUUACAUUGCGAAGGUUAAUGUUGCCUUUUACUUCGUUAUAUAAUCCUUUCGUGUACUGCAUAUUUCAGAAACAAAUUAGGCAACUACUUUUCCCUUGUACUUGUUGCAAUAUUAAAAAGAAACUUAGUGUAAAUGUAGAGCCAACUUCACAAUCUAGAACGGAUCUUAAAUCCCACGAGAUCUCUAAAGGAGCAGCUCUAUGUUCUACGCAAUAUUCACAGUCAUACCAAGUUGGAGCAGCUAAAAAUUAUUUGGCAACCUAA